CCAACUUUUAAAAUAUAUGGAAAAUGGAAACUAAUAAUCCAACCUUUUAACAGUCUUCUUACAAUAGUACCACAUGUCCGUUAUUCAAGAAUAAUCCAACCUUUGCACCCCAUCUUCAUUUGAUGGUCCCUGACCGGUUAAUGACCUGUCAUUCCAAGUUAUUUUCUUAUCUUUGCAAAAUAUUAUCUUUGUGAAAUGUGAGAUUUAUGGUAUAAUGGUUUGUGUUGGGAUAUAUUAUCCCGGCCUAUUACUGUUCAGGAGCCCAAGACAGUAUCCAGUACGGAGCCCGAGCAGCUAGGCCCAUCUCGGCCCAUUUGACCCAUUAGGGUGGAGAGCACCCUUCCCCUUUCCCCUAUAAAUAUGAGGCUUCCCUCCAUGUUUUAGGGAUCCUUUUUUAGCUUCAUCUCCUUCCUUUCUUUUAGACUGAGCUCAACACUCCAUUAAUGGGAGCUUGUACAAUGUGAUUGUGAGGAGAGUCCUAAUGAGAAAGAGAGGGCUUGGACAUUAGCCUAAAAAGUCCCGUGGUUUUCUCCCUUUCGGGUUUCCACGUAAAAACUGAGUUGUUCAUACACAUUUAUACAUAUAUUUACUAUAUCGUGUUGGAUUAAACUCAACACUGGCGCCGUCUGUGGGAAACAGUCCAAAAAGAUUCACGUUGUUCUUCAGCUUCGACAACAAACGUGAGACGAAGAACUGAUUUUCAACAAAAAAAAAAUGAUACCAGACAAACUGGUCUCAACAAAACGAAGGAAAAUGAUUCAGGAAAGAAAGAGGAGGAAGAGUAUCUGACGUGAAAGGAAAGGAAGAAUUAGGGAAGAAAAAUUCUAGAGAUGAAAGCAGGAAGAAGAUGCUGAUUCCAGAGAGGAAGUGGAAGCUCGGGUCUGGAUUUUCCGGACUAGGAUGGACUCGCCGGAAACUACCAGAUCCGCCGGGGAUCCCGGACCAGCUCAGGCCGCGUCGGUGCCACAUGCCAAAGACCGCCGGUCACCGAGUUUGGAUGGCUUGUCCAACUCGCCAUCAACCAGAGCUUCCUGGGAUCUCGCCAUUGAUGGCGGUUUAGAGCUCCAGGGAACCAGGUUUUGCGGACGGAGGAAAGCCUCCACGGACGCCUCCGAUCUGCCGUGACACCAUCACCGCCAUGAGUCAGCGGCCGACGCUUGCUUGGCCUCGGUGGGGUGCUUCCGCCUGACACUGCACAAGGCGCCAUUCACUCGGCUGAGGGCGAACCACGUAGGAGGGGACCAAAUCUGAAAAGGGAGUUAGCAGAUGGGUGAAGCACAUGGUAUUAACUGAGUGGGUCAACCAGCUGCUAAGUAUGUACCCUGUAUUUCGGCCAAACUACUCUAAGGAGCUAAGUACCGUAUAACUCCCUCCUAUUUUAUUAAAGUACUCCUGUUAGAUAAUAGAAAUAUUGCUAAAUAAUUUUUAUCACCAUUAUUUAUUAGGAAAUAAAAUCUACUAAAAUUAAAUAAUGUCGAGCGAUGCUCUUGUGAUAAUUAUUUUCACCGUCAUUUAAAUUAAAUGACCGGUUGUGUGGGCCCGUUGGCCCGCUCCUGAUCGGCUUUAAUUAGCAAACGGAGCAUACCUGAAUGACCUUUGAUAGGAGAAUAUCAUUGUUACUACCCGUACAUCACCAUUAUUUGUUAGGGAUAAAAAUGUCCCGAAAUAAAUAAUGCCGAGCGAAGCUCUAGUGAUAGUUAGUUUGGCCAACAUUUUAUUAAAUGUUUAAUUGUCGGUGGGCCCGAUUAGCCCACUCUCGAUCGGCUUUGACUAGCGAUUUGAGCGUCUCCAAAAGGGCGAUGCCCCGACGACGCAUUUUAAUCGGAGGGUUGCGCGUUAGUCCGCACGGCACUACGUGCCCGAUCGACGACCGUACCCCAGAACCAUCCGCGCCACUAGGCGCGAAGUGACUAUUGCCGAACGUGGCCUAUGGGGCCCGAGGGCACCAAAGCACUCAACCUCGUUUUUCCGAGGGCAGUGCGACCAACUUGGGUCUGAGUUUGAAAACUCACAGACCGAUGAAUAUCUCGAUGUGACGUUCGACGGGCUGCUAAUUGGCCCCGCCACGAGCUGUUACGUACAUUAACCCCGCACGAUGAGCCGGGCCGAGGGUCACGAUGACCCAUAGGCCGGUAAUCGUGGAUGUUAAAGGGAAAGCCAUGCAUAGUUAUGUGUGCAUAUUUAUUGUCGAGCCGUGCGGCCCGUUACCAUGCUUAUUGCGCAGCUGAAAUCACUCGACGCGCUCGAGUGAAAUGAUUAAAAGACGCUCGGCCCGAGUCUUGAAGACGUUCAGGGCCAGCUAAAGAGGAGACCACCACGGCUGAGGACCGUGAGGCGAGCAUCUCUACCCCAGAGACUGAUGGCCUAGGAGAGAACACCUAGAGGCCGAGGGUCUAUAGUGGACUACCAUGGCGGAGGACCGUGAGACGAGCAUCUCCACCAGAGACCGAUGGCCUAGGAGAGAACACCUAGAGGCCGAGGUCUAUAGUGGACUACCACGGCGGAGGACCGUGAGAUGAUCAUCCAUCAUUCAGAGGCCGAGGGCCUAGAGGAGACCAUCACGGCCGAGGGCCGUGGGACCAUCCUGAUUUUCAGGUCGGCCUCUCAUCGCCGACAUUAUCAUACCACGACCGGCCCCUCGGCUCGGCGUGUUCAUCUUUUGAAGACCGACCUCGUCCCCGCGCUGCGCGGAUGAGGACCGUUGUUUGGUUCUUUCAUGUCGGCCUCUCAUUGCCGACACCGUCGUACCACGACCGGCCUCUCGGCUCGGCGUGCCUAUAUUUUGAAGACCGGCCUCGUCCCCGCACUGCGCCGAUGAGAGCCGUUGCUGAAUUGCAGGUCGACCCUCAUUGCCGACACUGCCACAUCAUGUUCGGCCUCUCAUCGCCGACAUCAUUAUAUCACGACCGGCCUCUCGGCGCGGCGUGAUUAUCAUCCUCUGAAGACCGGCCUCGUCCCCGCGCUGCGCGGACGAAGACCGUUGCUGGAUUUCUUUCAGGUCGGCCUCUCAUCGCCGACAUCAUUACAUCACGAUCGGCCUCUCGGAUCGGCGUGAUUAUCAUAUUCGAAGACCGGCCUCUUCCCCGCCACCUCGCGGACGAGGACCGUUGCUUGACCAUAUCUUGAUCGACAUCUCAUUGCCGACAUCAUCAUAUCACGACCGGCCUCUCGGCAUGGCGUGAUUAUCAUAUUUGAAGACCAGCCUCGUCCCCGCCCUCACGGACGAGGGCCGUUGCUUGAUUUUCUCAGAUCGGCCGAUCAUUGCCGACACCAUUUUAUCACGACCGGCCUCCCGGCUCGGCGUGCUUUCCAUAUUUGAAGACUGGCCUCGUCCCCGCCCCUCGCGGACGAAGGCCGUUGCUUGAUUCUUUCAGGUCGGCCUCUCACUGCCGACACUAUCAUAUUAUGUUCGGCCUCUCGGCACGACAUAUUUAUCUUUUGAAGACCGGUUCCAUCCCCGUGAUGCGUUGGAUGAGAGCCGUUACUCGGAUAUAUCGGCCUGACCGGACACUAUUGCCAUCUCCAUUAUUAGGACCGACUCCUCAGUGACAUUAUGAUCAUUGUAUAUCGGCUCCCAACGCCGACCUUCUUGAGUUACCGAUCGGGCUCACCCCUCCCUCCAGGAGGGUGACCAUCGCCUUCGCGUGACGACCAGCUAUUCUAUCGCCUCGUCAUUAUAUUCGUUCGCUAUGCCACCACCAUUAUGUGUGACAUCCCGUGAUUCCUGCGAGUUUCUUGGAUACCGAAUGUCUUCUUCGAUGUAGGAAGAUCGGUAGGACCACAGACCAGGGACGGACUAAGAAGAGCUAGGGAAUCUCGAUGUAGAUAAACCUGUUCCUCCUUGCGAGUUUCGAGGAUACCGGACGUCUCUUCGAAGCAAGAGCGCCGGUAGGACCAAGAACCAAGGACGAACGAAGAAUAUAGAUUGCCUCCCUCAAAAAAAAAAAGAUGGGGAGAAGAGGAGGGUAGCUCCUAUGUGGAAGGGAAUCUUGCCCGGGCGUGCCAGAUCUUCUCCCACCGCCGAAGACGAACGCCUCUCGAUGUAGAGGUUAGUAGAGACGCGGAGGGGGCUAGACGAACCAAGGGAGCUUUGCCAAGAUAAACCUGUUUAUCCCACAAUGACCAUGGAUCGAUGGACGUGGGAUAACAAAGUCGGGAACCCGUGAGGGUAAACCAGUUCGUCCCUGCGAGUUCCUUGGGUACCGAACGUCUUCUUCGAAGCAAGAGACGCCGGUAAGACUAAAAGGACCACGGACGAACGAAAAACGGGGGAAUCUCGAUGUAGAUAAACCUGUUCCUCCUUGCGAUGUCUGCGGAUACCGAACGUCUCCUCGAAGUAGGGACGCCGGUAGGACCAAGGACCAAGGACGAACGAAGACUAAAAGACUCCAAAAAAAAAAAGAUGAUGCCAGAAGAGCACGGAGCAAAGAAUGAUUUUAUCCCUCGGCGCUAUUGGCCGGGAAGUACAAACUGGAAAACAUAUGUAAAGAAUAAUUACAAAACUUAAGUACGAAGAAUGAAGUGGCCGACGACGAUCGGCUAACAUCAGGCUUUCUUUUUCCUUGGACAAACAAUACCGGCUCCCCAGUUCAGACAGAGGGACGACGCCCAGGUCCACCCUUCCUCCAAGGAUGAAGUCCUGGAAGACGAUCGACUUCUCAUAGCCAGCCAAGACGGACCGCACCUGGCUUCACGGUUUGGAACGCGCACCUCUUCCAGGAUGGCGACGACCGUCUUAUGCAGUACGAUCGGCCCCUCAGUGCCAUCGUACCCAGCUAAUGUUCAGCUCGCCCAUCCCUUCCAGGGUGGCGACGAACGUCUUAUGCAGUGCGAUCGGCCCCUCAGCGCCAUCGUACCUGGCUUCACGGUUCGGCUCGCCCAUUCCCUUCAGGAUGGCGACGACCGUCCUAUGCAGCACGAUCGGCUUCUCAGCGCCAUCGUGUCUCUUUCACGUUCGGAUCGCCCCAUUCCCUCCAGGAUGGCGACGAACGUCUUAUGCAGUGCGAUCGGCCCCUCAGCGCAAUCGUACUUGGCUUCACGGUUCGGCUCGCCCAUUCCCUUCAGGAUGGCGACGACCGUCCUAUGCAGCACGAUCGGCUUCUCAGCGCCAUCGUGUCUCUUUCACGUUCGGAUCGCCCCAUUCCCUCCAGGAUGGCGACGAACGUCUUAUGCAGUGCGAUCGGCCCCUCAGCGCCAUCGUACUUGGCUUCACGGUUCGGCUCGCCCAUUCCCUUCAGGAUGGCGACGACCGUCUUUAUGCAGCACGAUCAGCGCCCCAGCGCCAUCGUGUCUGGCUCACGUUAGGGUCGCCCGUCCCUUUCAGGAUGGCGACGAACGUCUCUUAUGCAGCACGAUCAGCGCCCCAGCGCCAUCGUGUCCGGCUCACGUUAGGGUCGCCCAUCCCUUUCAGGAUGGCGACGAACGUCUCUUAUGCAGCACGAUCAGCGCCCCAGCGCCAUCGUGUCUGGCUCACGUUAGGGUCGCCCAUCCCUUUCAGGAUGGCGACGAACGUCUCUUAUGCAGCACGAUCAGCGCUCCAGCGCCAUCGUGUCCGGCUCACGUUAGGGUCGCCCAUUCCCUUCAGGAUGGCGACGACCGUCCUAUGCAGCACGAUCGGCUUCUCAGCGCCAUCGUGUCUCUUUCACGUUCGGAUCGCCCCAUUCCCUCCAGGAUGGCGACGAACGUCUUAUGCAGUGCGAUCGGCCCCUCAGCGCCAUCGUACUUGGCUUCACGGUUCGGCUCGCCCAUUCCCUUCAGGAUGGCGACGACCGUCCUAUGCAGCACGAUCGGCUUCUCAGCGCCAUCGUGUCUCUUUCACGUUCGGAUCGCCCCAUUCCCUCCAGGAUGGCGACGAACGUCUUAUGCAGUGCGAUCGGCCCCUCAGCGCCAUCGUACUUGGCUUCACGGUUCGGCUCGCCCAUUCCCUUCAGGAUGGCGACGACCGUCCUAUGCAGCACGAUCGGCUUCUCAGCGCCAUCGUGUCUCUUUCACGUUCAGCUCGUCCAUCCCUUCCAGGGUGGCCACGAACGUCUUAUGCAGUACGAUCGGACCCUCAGCGCCAUCGUACCCAGCUCACGUUCAGCUCGUCCAUCCCUUCCAGGGUGGCCACGAACGUCUUAUGCAUCACGAUCGGCUUCAGCGCCAUCGUGUCUGGCUCACGUUAGGGUCGCCCAUCCCUUUCAGGAUGGCGACGAACGUCUUUAUGCAGCACGAUCAGCGCCCCAGCGCCAUCGUGUCUGGCUCACGUUAGGGUCGCCCGUCCCUUUCAGGAUGGCGACGAACGUCUCUUAUGCAGCACGAUCAGCGCCCCAGCGCCAUCGUGUCCGGCUCACGUUAGGGUCGCCCAUCCCUUUCAGGAUGGCGACGAACGUCUCUUAUGCAGCACGAUCAGCGCUCCAGCGCCAUCGUGUCCGGCUCACGUUAGGGUCGCCCAUCCCUUUCAGGAUGGCGACGAACGUCUCUUAUGCAGCACGAUCAGCGCUUCAGCGCCAUCGUGUCUGGCUCACGUUAGGGUCGCCCAUCCCUUUCAAAAUGGCGACAAACGUCUCUUAUGCAGCACGUCUGCAUCUCGGCGUUGACAUGCCCGGUUUAUCGAUGAGAGCCACCACUUUCUAUCACAUCUCACAUUCCUUCUCUCAUACAUUGCACCCAUACAUUACAUGCAUUCAUGCAUUCAUGCAUCAUACCUCAUACAUUCAUACAUACGCACGUGCAUCAUGAUUUGACAGUACCGUGACGUCGGUUUGUAGAUGCAUGGACCUCUAAGCUUCUCCGAUUGGAAAGCUCGAGUCAGAGUGCUUUACUCCCGCCUGAUGCAUUCAGGCGGAGUGUGCCCGUGGAGGAGCACCCUUCGCCCGACCCUGUCGGGAAGGGGGGUGCCUCACUGGUAGAUUACGUUCAAGAGUGCAGACACUCACUCAUAUAUUAUGAUUAUGUGAAGACACAGUUUCCAGCAAGACAGAGGAAGAGCGCAGGCAGGAGUAUACUUUCUCGAGCAGAUUCGCACGCUCACUACUCAAGAAACUGGGGGACUUGUGUUGGGAUAUAUUAUCCCGGCCUAUUACUGUUCAGGAGCCCAAGACAGUAUCCAGUACGGAGCCCGAACAGCUAGGCCCAUCUCGGCCCAUUUGGCCCAUUAGGGUGGAGAGCACCCUUCCCCUUUCCCCUAUAAAUAUGAGGCUUCCCUCCAUGUUUUAGGGAUCCUUUUUUAGCUUCAUCUCCUUCCUUUCUUUUAGACUGAGCUCAACACUCCAUUAAUGGGAGCUUGUACAAUGUAAUUGUGAGGAGAGUCCUAAUGAGAAAGAGAGGGCUUGGACAUUAGCCUAAAAAGUCCCGUGGUUUUCUCCCUUUCGGGUUUCCACGUAAAAACUGAGUUGUUCAUACACAUUUAUACAUAUAUUUACUAUAUCGUGUUGGAUUAAACUCAACAGUUUGUGAAGGUAAGAAAAUAACUUAGGAUAGCAUGUCAUCAACCGGUCAGGGACCAGUGAAUGAAUAUGAGGUGCAAAGGUUGGAUUAUUCAUGAAUAAUGAAAAAGUGGGACUAUUGUAAGAAGACCGCUAAAAGGUUGGAUUAUUAGUUCUCAUUUUCCCUAAAAUAUAUACAUCGACCUCCAUUUUUUAAAUGAUUGUGUCAAAUUUUAAUUUUUGAAUGAUUAUAUAUUUAUACUUCAGAGGAAUGCUCAGGUUCAGCCGACGGGACGGAAGCCACCGUCCUAACUCAGCCGUUUGGGGCGGUUUCCCGUUGAAUUUUUUGAUGAAAUUUUUUUAGCAUGUUCCUCAUCAAGUCUAGUGUGUCCAUACCAAAUUUCAGCUUAAAAUUCGACCGAGAAGGCAUCCAAAUAAUUUUUUGAAGUUGACUGCGCCAAAAUAUACAUAUAAAAACGCAGUCACCUUCAAAAAAUGAUUUGAAUGCCUUCCCGAUCGAAUUUUGAGCUGAAAUUUGGUAUGCACAAACUAGACUUUAUGAGUACCAUGUUAAAAAAAAUCAUCAAAAUAGAUAAAUUUCAUCGGAUUGCGGCUGGACAUUGGAGGGCUGGACCUGAGCAUUUCUGUUAUACUUCGUAUAUUGUUUUUUUAGAAAAUUCUCUAAAUAGGACCAAAACAUAGAUAAAAUUUAUAAAUAGGAAUAUCAAUGUUUUAUUAGGACCCAUUCACUCCUAUUUUGGAAAUUUUAAUCAUGUUAUUCUUUUGAUAGAACUAAAUAAACCCUAUUUGGAGAAUAAAACACAAUCAUUCCUAUUUGUUUUACUUUGUGUAUGUUUUAGUCUUAUAUUAAACAAUUUUUAUUUUUCCCAAUGGUGUCAACUUUAAUUUUUUGAAAAAUUAUAUAUACCUAUAUACUCCGUAUGAAAGAAAAAAAGUUGAGUGGUGUCAUUGACACCACAACUCAACCACAACUCAUAGGCUCCACCACUGACUGUUUGUAUUUAUGGCUCUGAUCCGAGCUAAACCGUGAGGGUAACUACUCCCUCAAAGCUCAACUGUUUACCAGCUUUAUACUAACAGAAAAUGUUACCUCAUAUAUACUUCAUUAAAUAAAGAGAAAAGGUACAUAUAUACCCCUGUGGUAUAGGUGGAGGAACAAAUAUACCUCUGUUCUAUUUUUCGGAACAAAUAUACCCUGAACUUUUAAAAAGGUGCAAAAAUAUCCCUCUUUUUUAUAUAGGAGCAAAUUAAUCCUUAUUGACUUUAAAUUAAUCAAAUAAAUUUCAAAAAAG